AUGCCUUAUAAAGAGAAAAUCAAGUACGUUUGGCUCACUUCCAGGCAAAAGGACAUCAAAUCUGUCAUGAUCAAGAAAAAUAAGGAUACUGUGAAGUUCAAGGUUUGGUGCAGCAGGUACAUCUACACCUUGGUUAUCAUGGACAAAGAGAAGGAAGUGAAGCUGAAGCAGUCAGUACCCACAGGUUUAGCAGUGAAGGAGCUAAAAUGA